AUAAAUACAUACAAUAGACGCCAUUCUGUUUCAUGUCAGACGGAGACAAUGGCAGCAUUUCAAAACUCUCUCCUCCUAUUUUAGUAGCAUUAAGGUGCUCUUCCUCAAUCCCUCCCUAGUACCCAUGGCUGCCGCUCUGGAGUGCUGGUCGAGCCGGGCAAGUACCGACGAGGACAUGGUGGAGCAAGUGCUUAUGCGAACUCAGGACAGAUCCGAGUGCCCCCCGGAGAACAACCCAUCUUCCUCUUCCUCCGCAUCUUCCUCAUCCUCCUCAUCUUCCUCCGCCGCCACUCUUCGAGAGUCCUCCGCCCUGCAGAAACGGUUCCAGAAGCUGAGCCGCAAUGUGUCGGAGGCCAUCGCCUCGUUGAAGAACACUUUGAACCUCGACUCGGCUCGUGAGCCUCCGGCGUCCACACCGUCGAGCUGCCGGAGACAGGUGUGGGGUAGUGUUGUACGGAGCUUGACGCAGUUGUACCCCGGCAGCCAACUUCCGGAGAAAUUGGUCUCAAAUCUUCGCAAACAUUACGAUUCUUUGCCACUCAGCUACGCGCAAGCGGGUUUUGAGAUGAAAGAUGUGUUUUUGCACAUAAAGUUGAUAGAGCAAGCAUCGGUAGAGGACCAGCCAGCGAUAAUGAUUCAGGAAAUCUCUGAUGAAGAAGUGAAUGCCAAUGGCUCUGUGUUUAAGCUUACAUUUGCUUGUAAUUCUGCUAUUUCAUGGCCAGCCAUGUCGGGGGCACUCGAUAGUUCUUCGAUUUGCUGUAAAAAGUUACAGAUCUUUGAGAAGAAGGGGUUCACUCUGGGAAUUGUUAUGCUGUUAGUUCAGUCAGGGCAGGAGAAAAUGUUCAAAUCCCGGAUCGAAAAUGCACUUAAAUUGGCUUUAAAGAAGCCGAAAAAUAAUACCAUUAAGCUCCCGUUUGGACUCUGCGGAUGCCAAGAGGAGAACACUAAAGGGAGGGAUCUUGGAGAUAUCGAAGAGGAUUGUGGGGGUGACCAGAACUACAGAAAUGGAGGAGAGAAUUCGGACUCAAAACUUCAGCUUAAAGUGCCUUUGCCCAAUGAUUCCAUUGUUGUUUCUGUGGAUGAGUGGCAAACUGUGAUUUCGGGGAAAGAUGAGAUUGGGAAGUGGCUGCUGAGUUAUGAUGCUGUUGAGAUUGGAGAUCAGAUUGGACCGAGCACAUUUAAGGGAGUGUAUAAGGGUAAAAGAGUUGGGAUUGAGAAGCUCAAGGGUUGUGAUAAAGGAAAUGCCUAUGAGUUUGAGUUGAGGAAAGAUUUGUUGGAAUUGAUGACAUGUGGGCACAAAAAUAUCUUACAGUUUCAUGGGGUUUGUGUUGACGAGAAUCACGGGUUAUGUAUUGUGACUAAGUUAAUGGAAGGAGGGUCUGUUCAUGAAUUGAUAAUGAAGAAUAAGAAGCUUCAGACAAAAGAAAUAUUGAGGAUUGUGACGGAUGUUGCCGAGGGGAUUAAGUUCAUGAACGAUCAUGGAGUUCCCUAUAGGGACUUAAAUACACAGAGAAUCUUAUUAGAUAAACGCGGCAAUGCUUGCUUGGGGGAUAUGGGAAUAGUUGCUGCUUGCAAGAGUGUUGGUGAGGCUAUGGAGUACGAAACUGAUGGUUAUAGGUGGCUUGCUCCAGAGAUCAUUUCGGGUGAUCCAGAGAACGUCACUGAGACGUGGAUGAGCAAUGCAUACAGUUUUGGGAUGAUAAUAUGGGAGAUGGUGACUGGUGAGAUUGCUUAUUCUGCAUAUUCACCGGUGCAGGCUGCAGUCGGGAUCGCAGCCUGUGGACUCAGACCUGAAAUUCCCGAGUCCUGCCCACAGAUCCUGCGAUCACUGAUGAUAAAAUGCUGGAACAAUAGCCCUUCAAAGCGUCCACAGUUCUCGGAAAUUUUAUCAACGCUGUCGCGCUUCAGCUGCAACAACAUGAAUAUGUCUAAGUCGUAAGUCCCCCAUGGUUUGGCCAGCCUAGUUUAGUGAUGAUGCCAGGUGCUUUCUUGUGUUAAAUUGAGUGUUCAGACGCUGCAAAACCAAAUUGCUCACCACAACAUAAAUGAAAAUUAUGUAACAAAAUCAGUUUACAAGGAAAUCUCGAGUUGUCCUAUAGCACCAUAAUUGGUACACACCCCAGAGCACAUCAUUCUGUGUCUGUGUCUUUCUUUCUUCUCUUCUACCUAAAGUGCACUGAGUGGAGAAUGAAGGUGUAUCUACACAACCUGCGUUGCAAUAUGACGGACGGAGGGUAUUUUGGUCAUUAUGCCCAACCUUCCAAGGGCAUUUUGGGUAUUUAACAGGCUGCUUUCUUUAGUUAAACCUUCUUUAAUCUUGGUUGUAAAUCAUGAUCUUCUUCCUCAACUAUCUUUAUCACAUCUACCACAAUUAAUUA